AGUGGUAGAAGUAAGAAGAAAAUAAAAGGUUUGGGUCGUUUAACUACAUAAAAAAAAUCUUCUAGUAUUCAUUUAAGAAAAGAAAGAAUGAUGUCAUCUUAAGGGCGUUUAACCCCCCCCCCCUCCCCGCUCUCGACAAACAUUGGCGUCCCCUGUGGCUCGUCUACAUACACAUACAAAUUAUGAUAUUGUGUCAUUUUUGUUUCUGUACCCCCCCCCCCCAUAAAAAAUCGAGUUAGCCCCUCCCAUGUUUGAUGAAUUGCAUCGAAGGAGGUCAGUGAGAGGGGGUCUAAAUUGACCUAUCGUUUAAGCUUAUCCUUGUCAUCUGCUUAUGCUGCUUCGAGAGGGAGUGCGGUCGAAACAACAACGAGACGACUCAUCAUUCUGUGGAACACCGUGUUGGACGACUUGCAGGAUUUUUAACUAGGAUAUACCAGUGGUAUAUCGUGUAACUACAGAUCGUAACGGCUCAAACUGUAAGUGGAUAGCACGUGGUGAUCUAGUUAUUCACCAUGGCGUGCACUUCUCUGCGAUCACUGAUGAUAGUGCUCAUCACGUUGGCAAGUGGCGUCACCGCAUGCCCGGAGAACUGCAAUUGUUACAGGAAUCGCCUGACAUGGACCAACACAAUGGACUGUUCCGAAGGCGGAUUCCACGAUAUCCCCUCUCAGCUGCACCCAAGCAUCGGUGAGCUCAGGAUGGAUAACAAUUUCAUCAGAGAAAUAAAGCCGGGUAGCCUUGCCGGGGGUAGCUAUCUUCAAGUCCUCAGCCUUACGACUAACCUGAUCGAGCGUGUGGAUCCUCAAGGACUGUCCGGACUGUCAAACCUUAGGGAGCUCACCUUUGCGAUGAACAGAAUCAAAGACAUCAGCUUCUUGUCUGGAACUUUCCUCCCAGCAUUAGACAGUUUGAUCCUGACUCGAAAUCCAAUUUCCAUCAUCCCUCCGUCAGUUUUCGAAUCUUUACCCAACCUUAGAGACUUUUCCCUCAACAAGGCUAACCUUCAAGAUCUGACCGAUGCCCGUAUUACAGCACAGCGCAUUUCCGUCUCGGAAAAUGAUAUUUGGCGUUUUGGGCGUGACGCUUUCGCCAGGCCUCACGAAGUUCGAGCCAUUGUUUGUGACCGAUGUGCCUUUCGUCAUCUACCCUACAUGGGAAACCUGACAGCUUUACAAGUCAUCACCCUGCAGAACAAUCGCAUCGCUACCAUUGAUGAUGCAGCUUUCGCGUCCUUUCAGAGCAUUGAAACGCUAGAUCUUACUGGAAACAAAAUCACGCAGGUCUCUUCCUUCAGAAACCUUCCCACAUUGCGUCGUCUGGAUCUUACUGAGAAUGUUAUUUCCCACAUUCCCUCUGACUCCUUCGAGGAUAUUCCUAAAUUUGAAGUUCUCAAUCUAAGAUCGAACCAUCUCACCUCGUAUUCUUGUCCUGUUUUCAUCCGCCAAUCAUUGCUACUCAAUGGCAAUGAUUUAAAAGAGUUCAGUGGGGCAAACCUUGACCUCACUACAGUGUUAAUUAUCAAUCUGAUGAACAAUCAAAAUCUCCGAAAUGUUACGAUAGCAAACGCGACUUCUCUUGAUUACUUGUAUUUGUGUGACUGCGCGAUUCAAAACAUUGAACUCACUGACUGUCCCAAUCUGAACUAUGUAAAUGCCCAAACCAACGAUCUUCGUAGUCUAUCAGCAUUUCAUGAUCUACCUAAAAUGCACUAUCUUAUACUUAAAAACAACUUCAUUGAUUCCAUCGGGGAGAAUGGCCUGGAUGGUCUUCCCGAAUUAUACGCACUCGAUCUAUCUCACAACCGAUUCUCCGCCAUUCCCUUGCUUCCAGAACUGCCACUGCUGACAGAUCUCGACCUCUCUUACAACAAAAUUGAAAGCUUGACAUUUGAAUUCGUUGCCAAUCUACCAAACCUCAAAGAGCUGAUACUGACGGGAAACAGGUUAAAAACCAUUCCGGUGUUCCCAAACAUACCGUUUCUUGAAACACUGACUCUCAGCGAAAAUGGCAUUACAUACAUUGAAGAAAGUCCAUUUGAUGAUUUGCCAACAUUGACCAGACUCGAAAUGACCGAUUGCAAUCUGACGUCCAUGGCUUCACUGGGACCGAUUCCACCUUUGCAUCUUUUGAUACUGAAUCAAAACCAAAUCAGAGAGGUCGACGUCGGCUUUUUGAGCAGUGUACCAAAUCUGAAGCUCUUGAAUCUGGCUAACAACGAGAUCACAUUUCUUCCAGCAGCUUUACCUACCCCGAGCGUCAAUAACCUCAACUUCACCAAUAAUGCCAUAGCAGUCAUUGAUAACUUCGCAUUCAUUCAGUGUGCAAGAAUGAGCUCUCUAGACAUAUCGAACAACUUGGUAGAAACUUUAGAUUUCAUGAUUUAUAUCUCGUCCCAAUCACUCUGGAUUAGUGUUAAUUACAAUAAGGUCCGAGGUUUUCCCGUCACAGGUAUUCCUGACAAUGUUGCAUAUCUGUCACUAGAAGGGAACAAAAUAGAAACUAUAUCGCCCAUAUCCUUUGCCUUCUCAAGUCGAUUGUUUUGGUUGUCAUUGGCCCAAAAUAACAUAAAGCACAUAUCUAGUCACUCCUUCGUUGGUUGUUCCUUACUCAGUAAUAUUAAUUUGGGAGGAAAUCCUCUUGAGUCAAUAGCUGGAGAUGCAUUUAUGGGACUGACGGAACUUGACUUCCUCCAGAUGGAGAACAUCCCUCUCCCGACAUUUCCAGAAACCCUUUUCGCCACGCUUCCCAACGUCAUGUACAUUAACUUUAGGAAUAUGUCAGCUGUCAUCACAUCCUUACUCCACUUUCCAAAAAUGCUUUCUUUGACGCUAGGUAAUCAGCAAAUGAAUUCAGUGCCUAACAUCACGGCCCCAGGACUCCAAUCCUUAGACGUCUCGCAUAGCCACCUCACUCGCAUCCCAACGAAAGUGUUUACCAACCAUCCUUAUGUUUUUGUCCUUCGACUUUCCUACAACCAUAUCGCAAACAUCAAUGACGGGGAUUUCGAAAAUGCUAACAAACUCUUUGAGGUCAGUCUCGACAACAAUCGAAUCGUUUCAGUCGCACCAGGAUCUUUCGGGCCAUUCAUAGCUGUACAAGCUAUGAAUCUGCAGGGAAACGAACUUACUCAUUUAGAGCUUGGGUUGUCCUUCCCGAAUACCAUCCAGGAUAUAGAUCUGUCUGGUAAUCCCUGGCACUGUGACUGUCACAUUGAGGAGCUGAAAGAGGUCUUAAUGAAGCAAAGAGACCACAUGGAUCCUGUAUAUUGCGCAUCACCUCCGGAACUUACACAUCAAACAAUCACAUCCCUUGAUAUCUCCGAUCUAGGUUGCCUGAAUGAUAAUGAAACCGAGACAAGUAGUGAUCUUGAUAAUGAAACGAUAAACGAUGUCGUUACCGAAACAGUUUACGAUAUCGUAACAGAGAUGGAAUAUGAACUCAUGACCGAAGUCAUUGAUGAGGUGGUAACUGAGGAGGUCGUUGACUUGGUUACAUUCGUCUUCAUUGAGGAUCCAGACAGAGGGAUCGAUCGUUCAGGCGACAGGGAUGAGGUUGGGCCUUCGUACGAAGAGGAUGGUGAUACUGGCGACGAUGGGGAUGAUGACGACGGUAGUGAACUUAGCGAAGUUACGACCAUUCCGCCAGCGGUUAAUGUCACAAUUGGUGGAUCAGAGGACGGUGAAUCAGAGGAAACGGAUGACUGGUACCCACCGUGUCCCAUGGGGCUUCCGGUUUGCUCUGGUCAGGUCUACAAACCGAGCAUCUACACCAUCAUGAUAAUGACAUUUUCAGCACUGGGAGCUUCCAGCAUAUUUUGAAUGCUUCACGCUCAUGUUCACGGGAUUCACACCGAAAUGGAUUUCCUAAUAAAAAUAUAUCGACAACAGGUGGAGAAAUUGAAAGAAUUACAGUUGAUGUGAUAAAGCAGGGACGGAUCCAGGAUCUUCAAGGCCCUUGGCACCUUUUUCGUAUUAAUUAUGAACUUUAAGCUAUCCUUUAUGCACCUGCAGUACUAAAGCUAGUCACACCAAUGAAAUCGACUCCUACCCGACCGAUGGUGUACCAUUGGACCAAACGAGUUAUAAAAAAAAAAAGAUUGUAAGAGUCCUUGCAAGAAAUGAAUGGCAGAAGAGAUGGGACAAGUCAACUUCAGAAUUAAGAAAAUACCAGAAAGUUGUAUCAGAAAAAAACACCCUUUGAUUAUCUCUGCACAGACAAAAGUGGUGAAAAAAUGAUCCACAGAUUACGUUUGGGAGGUUUGGGUUUGAAUGACUUCCCUUUUAAGACGGGAAGACACACAACUGGAAAGUGUGAUUUCUGCAAUGAAAGAGAAACGAUAUACCACUUCUUAUAUGUUUGCCCUAGAUUUAUAAUUCAACAAGCCCUAUUACUUGCUGAAUUAAAUGUUAACAAUAUCUCUGAUGCGGAACGUAAAGUGGAUAAUCUCGCAGUAAAGACCCAAAGUGCACUUAUCAGAUAUUUCAAAAGGACUCAUAGAUUUAAAUUUGGUUGCCAGGAUGGCAACCAUUACAACAGAGUGUAGUCAAGACUUCGUGACCAUGAUACUUUUCUGAGCAAGGUGUAUAUAAUUAUUCAUUUUGGGGGGUAAUUGUUUAUGAUGUAAUCGAUGAUGUUUUCAUCUAAAUAGUCUAUGUGUGCACCUUUCUUGUCACUUUCUCUUUAUCAUAUGGCCCUUGAAUGUCAGUAUUUACUCUACUGUAAAUGUUUUUUGUUUAAAAAAAAAAUGUUGAUAUUGAUCUGAUCGAUUUGACAUAAAUUUUCACCUGCGGAUUUUAAAUGGAGUUCUACGAGGUAUCGGAUAGAGCGCCACCUGCUCACGUUUGAGAGACAUAGGGAGUACAAUUUGUUUGUACUCCUGAGACGCCCUCGAAAUGUACCUCGAGCGGGCUUGUCAGGAUAACGUACUAAUACAGGGCAGGAGAGGUGGUCUUGCACGAUUUCUUAAGAACUUUUCUUUCCUAUCUUUCCUUUACUUUUUUAACUGAUAUAGAUUGAACAAAGAAAUUAUUCCUUUUGAAAAAAAAAAAAAGCAAAUUAACAAGGCAACAAUAGUCAAAACUGACUAGUUUGCCUAAUUAAAAUAACAACAACAACAACAACAUAAAUUAAAUCCUGUAUAGUGAUUGGUUCAAAUAGCAUCACGUGACAAAAGAUAUUCUAACUGUGCUGCUGAAACAAAACGCCCACUAAAGAAAAUGUCGCGAUUUGAGACCGUCGUCGAUACCAAGCAAUUGGUUAUGGUAUCCUGCGAUCUAAAUACUUAACCUUGUUGUUUGUAGGCCUAAUAAAAUUUCCCGCAUAUUAUUUCAUGUCUGGAAUUCAAAUUUUGCGACUUAAAAUUAGGCUGUUUACGUUUUUUUUUUAGUAUAACAAAAAGAAGUAUCGGAAUUAUUUAGUAACGUCCAGGGCCCUGGGAACGAUUUUUUUAUAAGUGGUGGUUCGGAGGAAAAAUUGACAAGUAAAAAAAGGUUUUCACUACAAAAUGACGGUGACUUGGGUUAAAUUUUUGCUCAUUAGCAUACCAACCUGCUUACCGAGGGGGGAGGGUGCCUAUGGUGUAUAACACACGCAACGCCUCCGCUUCCCUGGGCCAUGGUAACGUCGGUUUCUUUAAAAAAAAUCUCAUAUGUGGAGCGUUGUGGCCCAGUGGAUUAGUCUCCGGACUUUGAAACAGAGGGUCGUGGGUUCGAAUCCCAGCCAUGGCGUAAUUUCCUUCGGCAAGAAAUUUAUCCACAUAGUGCUGCACUCAACCCAGGUGAGGUGAAUGGGUACCCGUCAGGAUUAUUCCUUGAACGCUUUAGCGCCUAUUAAUAUGGCGGCUUAGCUACAGCCGGGGUAAUAAUAUGGUACCGAGUAUCAAAGCGCAGUUGAGUAUAUGCACAUAGUAACUGCGCUAUAUAAAUGGACAUAUUAUUAUUAUUAUUAUACAUAUUAUACUAUUCAGUCCCUUAUAUCACCUUGUUUAAAUGAACUAUUGUGUCAACGUUUUGGUAUUCACGGUAAGAAUCACGUUUUACAUACUUUACUUUAAGGUAAGUAUGUAUAUAGACUUUAAAGGGGAACGAAACAUUUGGAACAAGUGGGCUUGUGUGGAAACAGAAAAAUCAAAGAAGAACAAAGAAAGUUUGAGAAAAAUCGGACAAGUAAUGAGAAAGUUAUGAGCAUUUGAAUAUUGCAAUCACUAAUGCUAUGGAGAUCCUCCAAUUGGCAAUGCGACAAGGAUGUGUGAUGUCACAUGUGAACAACUUUCCCAUUGAUGGACUAUAAAAUACCCACAAAAUGUCUCUUUUUGCUCUUUCUUAUGGCGAUACAAAGUUUUUAUCCAUGAUGUAUUCUUUAAAAAUCUGUUUUACAUGCCCUCCUAUAGAAAGAACACAUGAUCUACUGAUAGAUGUGAUAAAUGAGGCAGUUCAAGUGAAAUAUAUAUUAAAGUAAUGAAGAGAGUUGUUCACAAGUGACAUCACACAUCUUUGUCGCAUUGCCAUUGUGAGGAUCUCCAUAGCAUUAGUGAUCGCAAUAUUCAAAUGCUCAUAACUUUCUCAUUAUUUGUCUGAUUUUUCUCAAACUUUUGUUAAUCUGUUUCUUUUAUUUUUCUGUUUUCACACAAGCUAUCUUGUUCCAAGGGUUACAUUCUCCUUUAACAAGGUGCAAAUUAAAUUUUGUCUGGAAAAAGGUUACAAGCGAAAAGGUUAUCACCCAUUUUUAGGUGUGCGCAAUUAAGGCAUGAUUUUCAAAUUCUUACGGGGUGCGCCCGCACAUUCCGCCCCCACUAUUCAUAUAGAGGCCAAUAUAUUACUUACCUGUAAUUUGAUAUACAUGUAUAUAGAAACUGCGAUGUUCAUAACUAAAACAUAUUUUUGUAUCCCUAUUUACAAUAUUCGAAAUACCCACAUAUUCAACCAAAUCAAUCAUCUUCAAAUUUUCUUUAUUUUGUGAACCCCCUGUGCAAGAUCUCCGUAUGCUUAAAGUAAUCUAAAACUCAAGGAGAGAGUCAAUCUUAUUGGAAAGAAUAAAAUAAGAGGAGCACUCUGAAACAAGUUCAUCAAAAUCGGUUAUAAAAUUAGAGUUAUGAAAGUUUGAAAAAAAAAUUUUUUUACAGAUUUUCCCCAUUAUCUUUCAAAUCGCAUCUUGUCCCCUUCUGAGGAUAGCAUAUUAUCAUGGAAAAUAUAAUCCAAAUCACAUACGUAAAGGUCAGGAGGAGACAAUAAAAAAUAUGUAAAAUACAGGGUUAAAAUCUGAAAAUUGUGUACAAAACAAAAGGAGAGCAUAUUCCACAAAAUCAGCAAUUUUGAAGCAUGUUUGACAAUUUGAGGAACCCUGUAUAAUUAUGUAAAAAGUGUUGCAAGACUUUUCAAACUUCCAUAACUCUCUUAUUUUACAACUUAUUUUGAUGAAACUUGAUUAUAUUGGUCCUCUCGUUUUACCGUUUCCAAUAAGAUUUCUUAUCUCCUUGGGUUAUGGUUUCCUUUUAUUACGAAUUUCCUAUGAACAUCAUUCAUGCCAUGCCACUAAACUUGAACUCAAACAUCUUUUAUUUACACGUUUGUUAUACUUUUUCUUUUGUAUAGAUAUUUUCUGUUAUUGCGAAACUUUUUGCAAGGGUCAAAGUUCUUUAACAAUCUGGGUUUCUUUGUUGUUAUUUUUGUCAUAUUUUUAUUCUUUAAGUCGCACAAUCAAUUAUUAAUUAUAUAUUUUAAUAGUUAAUUCUUUAAUUAUGUGGUUUAGGGGUAAUAACAUUUUAUUUUUACGAGGUCUUUUUUUAAUCGAUAUUACCAAUUUAAAUAAUUCUGUAUAUUCAUUGAUAGUACUCGUUGAUUUGUAUAUGUUGAAAAAUUGCCCAAAAACGAAAUAAAUUCAUGUUUUUGUACAUAUUGUAACGCGAGUUUAGCUAAGAUAAUAGACAAUUCAAUUUUUUUGUCAUGUUUGUAUGUCAAUCGGAAUUUGGUACACGAUACAAAAGUUUUGUCUUGUGGGAAUACUUACAGUAUAUACUUAACCAUUGUGUUUGAUAUCUAUCAAAAUCUAAACUGGCUUUUUAAUAGAGUAAUGAGUCCACACUUUCAGAUCUCGAAGUAUAUAGACUAGAAAAAUUCGAAUAAAUGAAAAUCCGAUAAAAAGGUUGCCCUUUUGGGCGUCUUUAAUUGUAUUUGGCCGAAAACCAGUUCGUAAUACAGUAAACGACAAAAUUAAUGAAAGUUUCUGCAUAGUAAAUUCGACUUUAUAAGAAAAUUUUCCGAUCCAUGUUCAAAUUUCACUGGAAUUCUGACAUAUUUUACGUCACGUGAUAAUAUGGAGGUUUUAAUUAUGAUGUUGUAAUAUUUUAAUCAAUAUCCUGAUUUCUAUAGUUGCAGUUAAAAAACAAAAACCGAAUAAAGUUGAAUUUCCACUGUAGAAACGCUUUACACACUACACUGCAAAAACACUGGUGUUGAUUUAACACCAGCCCGGAAUCUAUAUAUGUCCACACCAGAGAAGUGUUAAACAACACCAGUUUCGUUUUGGUCUAACACCAGAUAGGUGUUUAUACAACACCAAUUAGUAUUAUAACAGCAUCGGUUUGAUUCCAAACUGGUGCUGUUUCAAUACUUCUCUGGUGUGGACAUAAUAUAUAGAUUCCGGGCUGGUGUUAAAUCAACACCGGAGUUUUUGCAGUGUACGCUGUUUGCGAAAUAAAACUUUACAGUAUUUUUUAAACGUUUAGGUUUAAAAGUGUAUAAGAUAUGAAACAUCAAAGUUGAACUUCUAAUAUUCAAUCUUCAAUAAACUAAGCAUUGUUGCUUAAACUGUUAAACAACGACUGUUAAGUUCAUAUGUGAUUUACAGUGUUGCAUACAUUUUUAAACAACGUUUUAAUAUUUCAGCUCAUUUGGCUCUCAAAUCAUUCAUAAUUGUCAAGAAGUAUAAAUAGAUGAUUGUCUUCACCGUCGAUGAAUCAGGAAAGAGCACAGUAAACAUAAGAAACAUACAACUUGAUAAAAAAAAAUUGACACUUAUGGCUUCCCAUAAUUUUAGCACAGAGUUAGACCAUGGUCUAAGUUAAACCUGACUUCAGAAUACGGGCCCCAGAGUUUAAUCCUGCAGCCACGGCAUGCACGUGUACAUAUGUCAUUGAACAAGGCAAUUAAUCAACAACAUUCUUUUGUCCUACAUCAUAAAUUGAAAUAUUACAGUGUAAUCAUUCUUUAUUAUUUUUCGAAUGUUCAUUAUGGGUCGAGUUGGAGACGGUUUCGGCGGUGUGACUGCAACAGCGAGUUUUCUGUCAGUGUCACGGGAUGAAUCCUACUCAGCAGCGAAUGCAUUGAAAAUGCAAGUCAAAUCACAGUGAAAUUGCAAACAUGUCGUUGGUCAAGAGUCAUGGACGAAACUGCUGUUUCGAUUCACCAACCCUCGACAAAGACUUCAUUGUCAUGAAGGGAAUUUGACAAUAGAUUGUCUACGUUACAGAAAGCGUCUGUGUAUAGCUGUUUCGAAAACUCCCGUUUGUGAAUGAGCUUAUGCCAUUUCUUGAAUUAUUUAGCAAUCGAAUUUCAAGUCCUGAGUUGAAUAAUUAAAAAAAAAUACACACUCGCUGGGGUUAUGUAUACAUAUGGUUUUGUGAUCGUCUUUAUAGUCAUGAAUCAGCAAUAUCAAUCGUGAUUUGUUGCAAUGCUCCCGUGGUCGAUGAAGUGCUGCGCGAUGUCGAACGGCUCUCCGUUCCAACUUGCCUGAUCACGUCCCGGAAAAGGCUGUCGAUGGAUCCAAUCCCGGAACUCCGUGU